AUUAUGCAGGCCUUCGUGAAGUGACGUUGGCAUAACUGAUUGUUAACCUCGUAUAAGUUCAAAAUACGGCGCUAAGAAAUAUAGAUGCAUCAGAAAGCGGUUAAAAGUGGCUUCAUUAUUUACAUUGAUUUAAACUGUAAUGUUGUGUGACAAAUUGUUAUGCGAUAAGACAGUGACCAUGUCUGUCAGUGUAUCUUACAAUGAUGAUGAAAAUUCUGCACCAUUCAUGAAAGAACACAAUUCUGAAGUGUCUGCACAUGGGAGUCUUCAUCACCAACAGAGAAGUGUGCUGCAGGAUCUCAGCUUUAACUCCAUACAAUCCAUUAAUCAUGACAAGAGCGGCGGCCGCGGCAGUCCGGCCCCCGCAGCUACAUCCCUCGUCAAGCCCGACCACGAGGCGCACGUCGAGUUUGCCCGCGAAUUCGUCGUCGAGUUGGUGGAGAGUGUGCCCAAGAAAAGUGAGAAAGCAGCUUUAACUAAACUUUUGGAAAGAGGAGAUGAUGUGUCUUUGAAGUCUGUGUCACCAUCUGAAGGCAGUUUUCUUAGUGUCAUCAGUGCUGCAGAGAAUGUGUCUUUGCCUGAUCUGCUGCAGCCAGAAUUUGUCUACAAGAAGCAAACAGAUACAGACACAGACACAACAGAGUACGAGAGUGCUCCUGAGACCGAUCCUCUUGAUGCAACAUCUCCUGUUGGGAGUCUCAUUGCUGAAGAUCUCCUUUCAAGUUUUCAGGAGGCUUUGGAUAAAAAAUACCCAGGAACUGGAAAAGAGGGAAUUGUGACAGAAAGUGCAGCUGCUUUAAGUCCAGUUAAUCCUGUUGCUAGUAUCAGCACUGAAGCUAUCAACAACAGUUCUGUAUCAUCCGAAUUUGAUAAAACAUUUGAAUACAAAGCUGAUAACUCUGUGUUGCAAGAUAGUGAGUCGCCUUCUGUAUCAGAAGCAUAUGUUUGUGCUUCCAAAACCUCUGGUGAAGAAAUCGAAGUGACACCUCUUGAUAUCAGUGGGUUAUGUUUGUGUGUUGAUAAUUUAUCUUUGGAUAGUCCAAGACAGACAGAGAAAAGUAAUUUACCAUUAGAUCAUAAAGCCACAGUAUAUGAUACAGAUUCAAAUUCUGAUAUUCCAAUUUUAGGUAUCAGAGUUGAUGCAGAUGUGUCUGAGAGUGUAGAAGUUGCUGAUGGGCUUCAUGACUUUGAAGGUGCAUCAGUUGGUGAUUCCACAUUUGUUCUUGCAGACAGUUCAAAUAUCAGUUCACAUAGCUUUGAGGCUGAGGCUGAUGUAGUUGAGAUCCCCAAAGAAAGCCCAGUAUUAUUAGAAGUCGCUGAGACAUUUGAUUCUGGACUUUCGUCAGUGGACCAUACUUUUACCACUUUAGCUAGAAACAGUACUAGCACAGCAGGAUCUGAUGAGAAAAUAGAAGUAGAAUUUAAUAAGAUAAUAGGACUUCACACUGAUAGUCAACAAGCAACUGCUGAAAGUAAUAAAAUUCAGGGAGAGGUCCCAUUCAUAUUUGGACAUAGUAAGGAAGAAGCUUCAAGGGACUGUGUUUUACAUAAUAAUGAGAAUGUUCAGAUAUGUCAGAAUAUUGAUAUUAAUGAAGCACAAGAACAACAUGUGGUUGCUACAGAAGGCUUCAAGAAGUCAGAUGUUUUAGAACGUAUUACUCAGAUCGAAGUUGAAGAUAUUAACUCAACUCUUGUUGAAGUUGAUACAAGUACUAAGACCUCCUUCAGCAGUACUCUUCCUGUUGAAGAAACCGAAAAUUGUCUUGAAAGUAAAUUUUCAUCAGACUUUGAUUCUGCACAGAUUUCUACGCCACUUGCAGUUUUGAGCGUUAACAAGGAAGCAAGUUCAGAAUUUACUGAAACUGCAGUUCAUCAGAAGCCAGAACCAGAAGCUGCAGUCUCUGUCAUAUCUCCUGAAGUGCCAAGUAUUACAGCUGCAACUAAUGCAGACAUUGUAGCUGAAGAUCAGAGGUUGCCGGUUCAGAAGGAACAGGAAGAAGAAUUUGUGAAGGAGGUCCCUACCGUGUUGAGUGAGCUCUUUGAGAUCUGUAGUCGUCAGCAGAAAGACCUAGAACUAGGUGACGAGAAAUUUGUUGAUGGUACAGAGUUUUUUUCGUAUCCAUACAAGCGACCAAAUCUGAGAGAGAAAGUAGAUCUUCAUAUUCCUCAUAGUUCCAUUCAGUCUGAAUUUGAAAAAAGCCUCUUAGAUCUGCCAGUCCCAGUUGAACUUACAGAGUUUGAUCAAUCAAUAGCUGAUGAAGCUGAUAAGAUCUUGCAAGAGAUUAUAAAUUCAUCCUCUGAAUUUCACAAAACAGGUGUAAGAACAAGUGACAACAGACAUUCAAGUGGUAUAAAGCAGACUGAUACACUGAAUGGUAUUGAGGCCAUGGCAGAUUCACAAAGUGUGUCGAAGAAUGCUGUGACAUCUGUGGAUGAGAACGGUGGCAAUCCCUUUGUUUCCCAGUGUUCCUUACAUCGGUCUCCACCAUCAUCUCCACGACCUUCAAGCCAACGUCUCGGUCCUUGUGAGUCACCCCACACAAAGCCAUACAUAAAUACAGUGAAAGAUAGUUUCUCCCAUGACUCUCCAUCAGGAGACACUUCGCCACAUUUCGUCUCAGGGAAAAGCAGCCCAGAUCGCAGAAUUUGCUCUAGCAAGGUGUCCAGUUUGGGAGACUCUAUCAAGAAUUCAAUCAGCCCAGACAUGAAUCAGAGUGAAGCGGGUCCUGAAAUUGCAGAUGAUGCACAUUUACAUAGUGGAGAUGUGUUUAAGGAUCCAGCAGCAUUUGAAUAUUUGAGCUUGAUGGGCAGUUCACAUGUACCAUCAGAUUUACGUAAGGAAUCUCUGUAUGUGAAAUUUGAUCCAUUGGUGGGCGGAAUAUCCAUAACUACCGAGAAGUCAGUACCUUUGCCUUCAUCCGUAGAAACAAACAGCUCUGUACCUGCAGCUACGAGCCCUGGAAAGGAGCAUCAAUGUGGUAAUACAACACCUGUCAAGAAUCCCGCUCUCACGGUCAUUGAUAAAUUGAUUUCACUCAGUCCAUCGCCUAUGAAGUCAUACCAGAUGUCACCUCCGAGACAGCUUAUCUCUCCUGUAAAGGAGUCUGUGCCACUUCCAGCCAAACAGGAGCCAACUGAAAUCAUCUGUUCAGAGACGGUGAUUGGAUCCAAUGGAAGUGUGAUGGAAGAACUGCAUCUGUUGCGGGAAUUGUGUGCAGCACAAGAUGAGAAGUACAAGGAAAGGGUGAUGCAGCUGGAACAGGAAAUUGUAACUUUGAAAGGCCAUGUUCAGAAUCUGCAGUCCCUGGUGAGAGAGAGCGAAGAACGAGAGACUAAACUGAGCAAGAAGGUAGCUGAGAAAGCUCAGGCACAGAAACAGAUGAGCAUCAUCAUGGAGGAAUAUGAGAAGACAAUAUCAAGGCUUGUCGCAGAGAAGGAGCAAGAGCGGCAAGCACAUGAGCUGGACAAGUCGGCUUUGCUCAAGGACCGGGACGCUGCAAUGGGCCAUCUUGCUAACAUAGAAAUAGCAUUUUCUGACCUUCAUAAAAAAUAUGAGAGAAGUAAAACAGUAAUUGAAGGUUUUAAGAAGAAUGAGGAGGUACUCCGAGUGAGUCUUGCUGAGUAUGAAGCCACCAUUCGCAAGCAGGAGCAGAAGUAUGAUGUGCUUAAGUCCCAUGCCAUGUCUCAGCUGGAAAGUGCAAACCAAGAAUUGGAUUCUGUUCAUCGUAGUCAACAAGCAGAGACUGCCAAGCUGAAAGCAAUGCUAAAGAAAGCAGAAGUAAAGACAAGCUCACUGGAAGAAAUGUUAGAACAGAAAGUAAAGGAAAAUCAAGAGCUUGCUUCCAUUUGUGAUGAGCUCAUAAAUAAAGUUGGCAACGGUGAAUAAGCUGAGCAUAAGUCACUGUUAUUUUAUUUUCUUUCAUGCUGAGUCUUACUAUGAAAAUAUUACUUUCCAAUUGCAAGUUAAAUGUAUGAAUUUUAAGAUUCCAUAAAAUACAUAAUGAAAAACCUCAUCUUUUGUCAUUUAAGUUUUUAAUUUUUACAUUCUCCAGUAUGGUAUAAUUCUGCAAAGAAAAAUAUGACAACUUACUGAAUUGAUGUUAAAAAACAUGUAAAAGAAUGUAUAUGUGUUGGUAUUAAUUUUAGGAUUCCUUAGAAAAUAUAAUGGAAAACUUGAACUUGUGUUACUUCCCUAAGAUUGUUGUUAAUGUUUACAUUAUGCAUAGUUUGGUAUGAUAUAAUUUGUAUAAGAUUUAAAUUUGAACCAUGUGUCAUGACUUACUGAAUUGAGAUAGAACAAAAUAAAAAUAUAUAUAUAUAAUUCACUGAAUGACACAUACUGUUUGGAAAUAACCCAAUUAAUAUCUUAAGAAGUACUCAGCAAUGAAGAACACAGUAUCUGAAUUUGUAGCCAGACUGGACUGUCCAAACAAACUCCUGAUUUCCAAAUAUUUAUUGUAUACUUUUCUUUUUUAAAAAUAGAUAAGUGAUUUUUAUAUUUGUUAUACAGUGAGUGUAUUGUACAUGCAUCUAAUUGCAUUGUUUGUGGUUCUUUAGUAUAUGAUUUUGCAAAUCUGAAUCACCCUAAUCAAUAGCAAUAUCACCCUUUCCGCCAUUCUGAGGGACCCUCUUAGCUGAUAAUGCAGUCCAUUUGCAUUGAGUUGCCAGUUUCAAAUACCAUGUGUACCACUGCAAUACUGAUGGUAUCCCCCAGUCUUUUCAAAUAGAAGGAAAUUCUAAGUAGUACAGACUUUUAACUUCAACUGACAAACUCUUCUGUAUAUUAAUAGGCUCUUUGUUUUCUAGCCAAGAUAUCAGAAUACAGAGUUUAUGAUUACUGUAUUUUAGCCACUACAGAAAUAUGCAAAUGCCACUUUUAAAUGAAGACAUGCCACUUCUUGCAGGAACUA